AUGAGCCGCCCGCCGAGACCCGCGGGGUUAGGCCUGGGGCUCAAGCUCGACGGGUCGUUCAACCUCGAGCGGUCGCUCAACGCGAGCGCGGACCUGUCGGCGCGUCUAUACGCGUCCUACAACCUCACCGACGACGGCAUCAAGCUCCUCAGCGCGUCCGCGAGGGAGUUUAAGCUCACGAGCGACGGGAUCGAGUACGGCGCGCGCGGCGGCGACGCGCGCGCGUCCUCCGCGACUACAGGAACGAGUUCGCGAGCGGAGAACGAGUGCGCGUACCGAUGCGCGUCGUCCGACGUGCGCGUCUUCGGCGUCGUCGGCGUCGGCGCGUCCGGCGUCGUCAAGCGCGCGAUACACGUCCCCUCGCACCGCGUCAUCGCGCUGAAGCAGAUGACCGUGAACGACAAGGAGCGACGCAGACAGAUCAUCAACGAGAUGCGCACGCUGUGCGACUCGCCGCGCGUCCGCGGCCUCGUGUCGUUUUACGGCGCCUUUUACUCGGCUGAGAACGACACGAUCAACAUAGCGUUAGAGUACGUAGAGGGCGGGUCGCUGGAGGCGCUGCUCAAGCGCGGAGGCGCCAUCCCGUGCGACGUCCUGGGGCACAUCACGAGCGGCGUGACGCGAGGGUUGGAGUACCUGCACAGAGACCGGAGGGUCGUGCACAGAGACGUCAAGCCCGGAAACGUGCUGAUGACGUCGGCGGGGGAGCCGAAGAUAACGGACUUUGGCAUCAGCGCGUCCAUCGAACCGGGCGGCGCGGGUCUGUUGGACUCGUUCAAGGGGACGAUGUGUUACAUGUCGCCGGAGCGGGUGGAGAAUGGGGAUUACGACUUCGCCGCGGACGUGUGGAGCCUCGGUCUGACGGUGCUGGAGUGCGGUCUCGGGAGGUACCCGUACGAUCAAAACGACGGCGGCCCCCUCGGCCUGAUGCUUCAGAUCACGCAGGACGACCCGCCGCUUCCGAAGGAAAAAGACGCGCUGCGCGCGAGAGGCCUCACGCCGUCGUUCGAAGAUUUUGUCCGUCAGGCGCGUUCUAUACACUGGUCCCCCGCGUUGUACCGCGACGUGAGCUGCGUGACCACCGCGCAGGGGGAGAAAGUCCGCGGCGGGAGAGACAUCUCCGCGCUCCUCGCGUCGCGCGCCGCCUCCGGCGCGGGCGCGCUGCGGCGGACCGUGCGGACGAUCGACGCGCUGCCCGGCGGCGUCGACGGCGGCGUGACCGUGUUCGCGACCGGGACGCUGACGAGCGGCGGCGGCGGAGGAGGCGGGGGGUCAGGCGCGUUCUAUACACUGGUGCACGAGGACUGGGGGGGGAGAGGCGGGGGAGGGGACGCGAGCUCGAGCGGGCAGUUUUACGUCCGGAAUCAGCUCGAGCGGUGGUCCAGUCGCGAGUAG